CGGUGCGUGAGCGGGGCAUGUCGGGAGUGGUUGCGUGCCGUUGGCACCAGCAGGUGAAAUCUAAGCUAAGUAGGCGGUGAGGCAAGCCUGAGAAGCUGUUCCCGGGGUCGCUGGAUUUCCGUCUGUGCCCUGAGGGUCAUUUUCCACCAUCUACCUUGGAGACUUUUGAUUUGGAGGGUCAGAAAAAAUAGUCAUCGGUUGCAUUCUUGACCUACAUGGACGACUUUGAAUUAAAUAGUGAUUUGAAUUCGUUGAAAUGAGCAGUCGUAAAUCAAAGAGUAACAAUUUAAUACAUGCAGAAUGUCUUUCACAGGUACAAAGAAUUUUACGUGAAAGAUUUUGUCAUCAGAGUUCACAUAGUAACCUAUUUGGAGUACAAGUGCAAUACAAACAUUUAAUUGAGUUGCUAAAAAGAACUGCUAUCCAUGGAGAAAGUAACUCUGUACUCAUUAUUGGACCCCGAGGAUCAGGAAAGACCAUGUUAAUAAAUCAUGCUUUAAAGGAACUCAUGCAAAUAGAAGAAGUGAAUGAAAAUGUAUUACAAGUUCACCUAAAUGGACUUCUGCAGAUCAAUGAUAAAAUAGCUCUAAAGGAAAUCACUAGGCAGUUAAAUCUGGAAAACGUAGUUGAUGAUAAAGUUUUUGGAAGCUUUGCCGAAAACCUUUCAUUUCUUCUUGAAGCUUUAAAAAAAGGAAACCGGAGUAGCAGUUGCCCAGUGAUCUUCAUUUUAGAUGAAUUCGAUCUUUUUGCCCAUCAUAAAAACCAAACACUCCUCUAUACUCUUUUUGAUAUUUCUCAGGCUGCACAGACUCCAGUAGCAGUUAUUGGUCUUACAUGUAGAUUGGAUAUUUUGGAACUCUUAGAAAAAAGAGUGAAGUCACGAUUUUCCCACCGGCAGAUACACUUAAUGAAUUCAUUUGGGUUUCCACAGUAUCUUAAAAUAUUUAAAGAACAAUUAUCUCUGCCUGCAGAAUUUCCAGACAAGCUUUUUGCUGAGAAGUGGAAUGAGAAUAUUCAGUGUCUCUCAGAAGAUAGAAGCAUACGAGAAGUACUGCAGAAGCAUUUCAAUGUCAGCAAAAACCUACGGUCAUUACACAUGCUACUGAUGCUUGCUUUAAAUCGGGUAACCUCAUCACACCCAUUUAUGACUGCAGCAGAUCUGAUGGAGGCCAGUCAGCUGUGUAGCAUGGACUCUAAAGCAAAUAUCGUACAUGGUUUGUCAGUCUUGGAAAUUUGUCUUAUAAUAGCAAUGAAACAUUUAAAUGAUAUCUAUGAAGAGGAGCCUUUUAAUUUUCAAAUGGUCUAUAAUGAGUUUCAGAAGUUUGUUCAAAGGAAAGCUCAUUCCAUUUAUAAUUUUGAGAAACCUGUUGUCAUGAAGGCUUUUGAACACUUACAACAGCUAGAAUUAAUAAAGCCCAUGGAAAGAACUUCACUAAAUGCACAGAAAGAGUAUCAGCUGAUGAAACUACUUUUGGAUAAUACUCAAAUUAUGAAUGCUCUACAGAAAUACCCCAACUGCCCUACAGAUGUUAGGCAGUGGGCAACAUCCUCACUAAGCUGGUUAUGAACGUUAGCCAGUGAUUUCAGUGUUGGAGGCCCAGGCAUACUUCUCUAAAGAACGAAGAGCUGUUGUCACUUGAAAAGAUAUGUUAAUACAUUAUCUUGUAUUUAUAAACGUGUAUUUUUGUACUUACGGGAGACUGUUGGCACGUGUAGCAUCCUGGCUGUGUCUGCUUUUGAAUAUAAGCACUGUUCUGAUUUGUUAAUUUAGACUAUGUUGUAAGUAGCAGUUCAAAAGAAUAAAAAUUAGGGAUUGGACCAUA